AAUCCCAAUAUCAACGAUACAAAACAAAAGGACAAAAAAACAACAAAAACACCGACGCCUGGCAACCCCUUUACCAAUCACCAUCACCAUCACCAAUACCAUCACCACCAUCGGGAAUCACCAAUCAACAGUCGCAAAGAUGCAGUUCUACAUCCCAGCCGCCAUCGCGCUCAUGGUUGCCGGCGUCAUGGCCGCUCCAGCUCCUGCUCCCGCCACUCUCGAGGCGAGAAGAACCUGUAUCGGGGGCGCCAUUGUGUGCUCUUACAACAAUGGCGGACGCUGCAUUGUCCCCUGCGUUUUCAAGUGCAGAUGCCCUCCCGACUGGGACGGUGGACACAACAGCGCCAGCGGCUGCGGCAUCAUGACCGAUCGCAUGGGUCAGUGCUUCCCGUAGACAAAAGAAAAAACGGCUCUUUGGAGAGUGCCUAGCCAGCAGGGCUGCUGGCUGGGGCAUCUUUAGAAGUGGGCGGUUUGAAGGGGGUCUGUGACUUGGAGGGUUACGUUCCGGAGAUGUUGGAAGAGGAAAUAUGUGUGAGGACUU